AUGGAGGACGAGAAGAAGAUCGCCACCGAGCAAAGUACUCGCGCUGGCUCUGAUCCCGUUCCUUCUUAUGGCGACUCGGAGCCAACAAAGGGUAGCUUGAGCCAGCGGUUCAUCGACAGCUUCAGACGUGAUCCAAACGCGCAUAUCAUUUCACAGCGUGGACAAGGUGCUGAUGGCUCGGGUUUUGAUCUCGAGACUGCCGCGGAGAAUGUUGCACACUCACAACUUCACCGUCGCUUGAAGGGUCGUCACCUGCAGAUGAUCGCAAUUGGUGGUUCGAUUGGUACUGGUUUGUUCGUUGGUUCGGGUACUGUACUGGAAGCGGGUGGUCCUGCAUCGGUUGUCAUCGCCUACGUUUUGAUCGGAAUCAUGCUUUACACCACCGUGCACGCGUUGGGUGAGAUGGCUGUCUUGUUCCCUGUUUCUGGUUCUUUCGCCCAUUACUCGACUCGUUUCAUUGAUCCGGCCUGGGGAUUCGCUAUGGGUUGGAACUAUGCACUUCAAUGGCUUAUCGUCUUACCUCUCGAAAUCGUUGCUGCCGCCAUCACUGUUGAUUAUUGGAAUCCAGGAGUAUCGAAUGCCGCUUGGGUAAUCAUAUUCUGGGUUGUCAUUGUCGCCAUCAACUUGUUCGGUGUUCGCGGAUAUGGCGAAGCCGAGUUUGUCUUCGCAGCAAUCAAGGUUGUCGCUGUUCUUGGAUUCAUUAUUCUUGGCAUUGUCAUCAACUGCGGUGGUGGUCCUGAAGGAGGUUACAUUGGUGGAGCAUACUGGCAUAAUCCCGGUGCCUUCCACAAUGGUUUCAAGGGUCUCUGCAGUGUCUUCGUCAAUGCUGCUUUCGCUUUCGCCGGAACUGAGCUUGUCGGUCUGGCCGCAGCUGAGACUGCUAACCCUCGCAAGGAUCUGCCAACAGCUAUCAAACAAGUCUUCUGGCGUAUUGCUCUCUUCUACGUUGUCUCCCUCACCAUUGUCGGUCUGCUAGUCAAGUACACCGACCCUCUCCUUCUGAGCGGUACCUCCUCCUCCGACGCCAACGCUUCUCCUUUCGUCAUCGCUAUCGAAAAUGCCGGUAUCAAGGGUUUGCCUUCCGUCAUGAACGUCGUUAUCAUGAUUGCUGUGCUGUCUGUCGGAAACUCCUCUGUUUACGGUUCCUCGCGUACCCUUGCCGCUCUCGCUGAGCAAAAACAAGCCCCCCGGUUCCUCGCCUACAUCGAUCGCAAGGGACGUCCUAUCUGGGCUAUUUUCGUCGCCUCCGCCCUGGGUCUCCUCUGCUUCCUUGCCGCAUCUUCCAAAGAGACACAGGCAUUCGAAUGGAUGAUGGCUAUCUCUGGCCUUUCCUCAAUCUUUACCUGGGGAUCUGUCUGUCUCUGCCACAUUCGAUUCCGUAAGGCUUGGAAAGUCCAGGGCCACAGUCUGGAUGAGCUUGCUUUCCGCUCCCAACCCGGCCUUAUCGGCUCUUGGGUUGGUUUCAUUUUCAACUGCUUGGUUCUGAUUGCCCAGUUCUGGGUUGGUUUCGCUCCCGUGGGUUAUGCAUCUAUGACAACAAAUGAGCUGGUUGAGAACUUUUUCUCUGUUUACCUUGCUGCACCUGUUGUGCUGCUGUUCUUCAUCCCCUACAAGCUCUAUUACCGCACCAAGAUUGUGCAUUCACACCAGGCAGACCUGGUAACUGGUCGUCGCGAUCUGGAUAUCCAGCAUCUGAUUGAACAGGAGAGGCUUGAUCGCCAACAGUGGCCUAUGUGGAAGAAGGUUUACAAGAUGUUCUGUUAG